AUGGCGUUGAAUGCUUUGAUUUGGAUGGUUAUAUUUGUUCAAUGCCAGAGUUCUCUGCGGUUCCACCCCAUUAAAUGGGUCCCAAGAUUCCCAACAGAUGAACUAGUAAGACAAGCUGUUCUUGUCCAUAAAUUUCUUUCUUCCAAUGCCUUUACAACAGCACCAGCAUCCACACUCGGAGAAGCAGAGGCUCUCUUGGAAUGGAAAGCCAGCAUCUUCUCACCACAAGAUCUCCAUUCAUGGUCACUUCCAUCUGCUAAUGCUAGUGCCAACACAAUCUCUCCAUGCAAAUGGUAUGGGAUCUCCUGCAACGGCCUUGGAAGCGUAAUAGAGAUAAGCUUACUGAGCGCAGGCUUACAAGGUAAGCUUGGUAACUUGAGCUUCUCAUCAUUUCCAAACCUCCUCCGUCUCAAUCUCAGUGACAACACACUCACUGGAACUAUCCCAGCUGAUAUUGGCACUCUUUACAGACUUGUCUCCCUCAAUAUCUCCAUGAAUAAUCUCUCUGGAGUUCUACCUCUUUCAAUGGCUAACCUUUCUCACCUUUCAGAGCUCGACAUCUCAUCUAAUGAAAUAACUGGGCCUAUUCCUCCAUCUUUAGGUAACUUGACCAGGCUGACAAUCCUCUACCUCUAUGAAAAUCAAAUUUCUGGUUCAAUUCCUGCACAAUUAGGGAAUUUGAUAAAUCUCAAUGAGCUGGACCUGGCCCCUAACCUUCUAAAUGGUUCCCUCCCUUUCACAUUAGGAAACCUGACAAAGCUUACAUACCUGAAUCUCUCUGCAAAUCAUAUUUCUGGUUCAAUUCCUGCACAAUUAGGGAAUUUGAUAAAUCUCAAUGAGCUAGACUUGUCCAUAAACCAUCUGGAUGGUUCCAUUCCUUCAACGUUAGGGAACUUGUCAAAGCUCACCAUCUUGUACCUUGAUCAAAAUGGAAUCUCUGGCUUCAUUCCUCCACAGAUUGGGAAUCUACAAGAUCUGGUUGAGUUGACAUUGUUCCAAAACAAUUUGACUGGUCCAAUCCCUCCUGCUUUAGGAAAUCUCAAGAAUUUGGUUGACUUGGAGUUGUCACAUAACAAUCUGACAGGUCCAAUCCCUCCUGCUUUAGGUAAUUUGAGAACCCUUACAUUUUUGUACCUCUACAGCAAUCAAAUUUCUGGUUCAAUUCCUCUGGAAAUUGGGAAUUUGGUAAAACUCAAUGUGCUUGACCUGUCCAGUAACCUUCUAACAGGUUCUAUCCCUUCCACUUUAGGAAACUUGACCAAGCUUGAACGCUUCAUUGCAUUUGACAACCAUUUAAAUGAAGUCUUUGGUGUACACCCACAUCUCUAUUUCAUCGAUGUCAGCAACAACAGGUUGUUUGGUGAACUCUCACCGAACUGGGGAGAAUGCAGAAGCUUGACGAAGCUACAAUUCUCUGGAAACAUAAUCACUGGUAGAAUUCCUCGCGAGAUUGGGCGGUUGACCCGGCUAGGAGUGCUUGGUCUUUCUUCAAACCGUCUGGUAGGAGAGAUUCCAAAGGAAUUGGGGAGGUUGACUUCAUUGUUCAACUUGAAUUUAAGUGAUAACCAGAUUUCUUAUAGGGUUCCUCAAGAAAUUGGGAGACUGUCCAAUUUGGAGAUUCUGGACCUAUCAAUGAACAACCUUGCUGGUCCAAUACCACCUCAGUUGGGGAAUUGCUUCAAACUACGGUAUCUGAAAUUGAGUGAAAAUUAUUUGAAUGGAAGCAUUCCAUUUCAAAUAGGCAACCUGAUACACCUACAGGGUGCAUUAGACCUUAGCCAUAAUUCACUCAAUGGAGAGAUAUCAUCACAAAUUGGGAACUUGCAGAUGCUGGAAAUGUUAAACCUCUCCCACAACAUGUUGUCUGGCUCAAUUCCAAAAUCUUUUGAAGGGAUGCUCAGCUUGCAAUCCGUAGAUUUUUCAUACAAUGAUUUGGAGGGCCCUAUUCCCAACAAUAAAGCCUUUCAGAAGGCUCCUGCAGAGGCAUUCAUAAAAAACAAAGCCUUAUGUGGGGAAGUGCAAGGUUUGAGACCCUGCAAUGCUCCUUCAACAAGCCAUGGUGAUACAAGAAAAGCCCGCCAAGUUGUCAUCUUCAUUGUUUUUCCUCUCUUGGCAGCCUUGUUUCUUUUAUUUAUAGUCGUCGGCGUUUCUUCCAUUUAUUACCAAAGACGAAGAAAUAAAGAGAAAGAGGUUCUCGAAAGGAGCAACAGAAAUCCAUUUCCAAUAUGGAAUUAUGAUGGGAUUGAUGCAUUUGAACAGAUCGUGGAAGCGACAAAGAGUUUCGACGACAAAUAUUGCAUCGGAACUGGAGGGUAUGGAAAAGUUUACAAAGCAAAUCUACCAUCAGGCCAAGUAGUAGCUGUGAAGAAACUUCACCCACUCGAAGGUGGGAAUCAAUCUGAUCAAAGAAGUUUUAGAAAUGAGAUUCGAGCAUUAACAGAAAUCCAUCAUCGCAACAUUGUGAAGCUUUAUGGUUUUUGUUCUCAUGCUCAAUUCUCAUUUCUAGUUUAUGAGUACAUGGAAAGGGGAAGCUUGGCUAGCAUCCUAAGUGAUGACAGUGGAGCUGUAGAGUUGGACUGGACUCUAAGGGUGGAGGUUAUUAAAGGUGUGGCCCAUGCGUUAUCUUACAUGCACCAUGAUUGCACCCAGCCAAUUGUCCAUCGAGACCUAUCAAGCAACAACGUUCUGCUGAAUUCAGAACUUGAGGCAUGUGUCUCUGACUUUGGCACUGCAAGAUUGUUGAUACCCGAUUCAUCCAAUUGGACUAUGCUCGCAGGCACUUAUGGAUACAUCGCUCCAGAGCUUGCAUUUACAAUGAGCGUGACUGAAAAAUGCGACGUAUAUAGCUUUGGUGUUGUGGCACUUGAAGUGAUGAUGGGAAGGCAUCCUGGAGAGCUCAUCUCCUCUUUGUCAUCACCAAGUAGACAUGAUACACUGCUAAAGGAUAUGUUGGACCAACGUCUCUUGGAUCCAACGGCUGAGAUUGCACAGGAAGUCUUAUUUGUGGUGUCCAUGGCACUUUCAUGCAUUCGACUAGAUCCAAAGUCUCGGCCAACCAUGCACUACGUGGCUCAAGAGUUAUCUAUUAGUCGGCCUUCCUUCUCUCUAGGACCAUUCCACGCACUUACAUUACGUCAACUGAUGGAUCUCAAGGUAUAGUUGGGUGGAUGAAAAUCAUUGAGGUUGGGGAUGUGUAGAGGCAAGUACAUUAUUAUUUUGUGUGUUUAUUGUAUGAAAAUCAUCCAAUGUAGAGAAGGUGUGUUUUUCUUGUUA